AUGACCAUGAACUCCACCUCUGGCACUCGCCGUAAACUGCCUUGCGGCGCCUAUACAGUCGGCUGGCUCUGCGUCCUAGACUAUGAAAUCGAUGUCGCGACCGUCUGUCUCGAUGAGGAGCACGUGACUCCGUCGACACCUCCAGACGGCAACGCCUACACUGCCGGGCGGAUUGGAGAACACAACGUUAUUAUUGUCAAGUUCACCCAGUCAGGGACGACGAGCGCAGCAACAGCCGUCACCAACCUUCUUCGAACCUUCGGGAAAAUACGCUUUGGAUUGAUGGUAGGCAUUGGUGGCGGUGCUGCGGAUAACCCUGAGUCGGAUGACCCCACAAGAGAGACGACGGAUAUUCUUCUUGGUGAUGUCGUGGUCAGUAGGCCGCGAGCAGGACAUGGCGGGAUCUUACAGUAUGACCGGGGUAGACGAGAACCCGGGGGGUUUACGGCUCUGGCACAUCUAAACAGCCCCGGAGACCUGCUCAUCUCCGCCGUCGACAAGCUUUCCCGCGACCACAGAUCCCGCCGAGGAAAGAUGGCACAAUACAUUGAGGAAGGGCAGUCGGAAUUGCGAGCACUAGGCAUGAACUAUUUUGAGUUUCCGGGCCGGGAUCAUGAUCUGCUUUUCGCUUCGGAAUACCACCAUUCGACGGAUGAGAGGACCUGUCGAGGCUGUGAUAGAAACCAAAUGAUCGUUAGAACUUCGGAACCGCGGAACAAUCCUGUCGUUCAUCAUGGCCUCAUCGGGUCAGGAAACACUCUUCUGCGAGAUGCGCACAUGCGAGAUACUCUGCGACGCGAAGACAACGUCUUAUGCUUCGAGAUGGAGGCGGCCGGGUUGAUGAAUUACUUUCCAUGUCUUGCUAUCAGAGGCAUCUCGGACUAUGCUGAUACUCACAAGAAUGACCUGUGGCAGCCGUAUGCGGCGCUGACAGCAGCAGCGUAUGCGAAAGAUCUCCUGGCCUUGAUUCAGCCACGGGAGAUAGUUGGGAUAGAUAUUGCUUCGAAGUUAAUCCCGGAGGCUCGCCAAACGAAUAAAAGGCUUGAUAUAGAAUACCGCUCGAAGAUCUUGAAGUGGCUUACUCCUCUUGAUUUCUCAGGCGAACAGCAAAGGUUGUAUGAGAAUAGCGUACCUACAGGAGAGUGGCUGUUGGGCUCGGACGUGUUCAGCAGCUGGGUCAAUCGGGCUUCUUGGCAGCUUCGAUGUCACGGAGGAGCAGGCGCAGGCAAGACCUACCUCUGCGCGCUGGUAGUGCACCAUCUACAACAGACACAGCCGCGUUCACCUGUCAUUUACAUCUACCUGAGUGACCAGGAGCAAGACCGGGGGGUACAGACGCCGGUCAAUCUACUAGGCAGUCUGGUAAAGCAAUUACUUUUGUUCAAACCUUCUACUGAGAACCCGUGCGAGAUACCUCCUAGGCUCAGGGACGCUUACGGGAGCCACCCUUUGUCCGAAACGAUUCUGAAAUACGCAUUUGAAGAACUGCUGAGCAGACACAACUGGACGUACCUUAUUGUGGAUGGGUUCUACCAAUGCAGCUCAGAUGCCGUGGAGGUCCUGGAAGCGUAUCCGCUAGACCUCAUCCGCAAGGGGUAUAAGUUGAGCCUUCUUACGACCUCCACUAGCGACCGUGGAGCUUCUGGGAACAUCAAGUGCGAAAAAUGUGGGAGUGACAGACUAAGCAUCUUUUUGAACUGUCCCUGCAACAGCAAAGACUUUGACCUCUGCCUGAGCUGCAAAAGAGCCGGAGUCACUUGCCCUAAUAGCCACAAGGGUGAGGUGACCAACGAAACCGCUCACGUCGAAGUACAAGCCGGACCAAACGAACUAGAACUGCUGUGUCACCAGAAGCUUCGACAGGCCUCAACUCCUGACCCCAGGAAAUACGAUGCGCCCGAGUAUUCAGACAGGUUGUGGAAGCCUUCUAAGGCAGCACAGUUCUUAGAACAGAACCCGCAAUUAAUUCAGUCGAUUGCUGAGGCAAUAACGCAACAGGCGAAAAAGAAUUUUCUAGCUGCUCAAGCACGGAUAGCUUGGUUGCUGGAAGAUAGUGAACCACAGCCGGAAAACGGUGAAGAGCUGCUAUCUCAUUUAGACAAAAUUCCACUCUCCCGGCUGGAACCUUAUGUUACUAGGAAGAAGGAAAGGAUCAAACGCCGGGAAUUGACUCGGGAGAAGUUGGGCUUCGAUACCUUCUCCCUAAUAAUGACUACCCGCCAACCGCUGACCAUUCUGGCAUUGCAGCAUGCAUUGGCUCGCGCGAAUCUAGGCGUGAUUCGAGAGGACAAUCUAGAAGAUCGAUUGUCGAUCUUAAAAGCAACGAAUUGGUUGAUCACCAUUGAAAAGCCCGAGGCAAAACAUGCAUAUGUACAUUUCUUUCACGGGACACUAGUUGAAACCUUUGGAGAGUGUGUUCAGGAAAACCCGUUAGGCAGUGCUGAGUCGAAGAUAGCAUCUGUUUGUCUGAAGUACCUGAACGAUCCUGGCUUCGCAACUCACUUUGCGGAAGAGCACACGUAUCCGUUCACUCCGUAUGUUUUGGAACACUGGGGAGACCGCGUUCGCAGCGCAUGUCUGAACUUGAAUCCUGAGAGCGACAAGAUCAAGAGCGCAGCGAUGGACUUCCUGACAACCGAAGGCAACAUUGAAAUGAUUGGUAAAUGUGUCAAGGCGCUGAAGAGACGAAUAUCGCUGUCGGGCUGGGUCCACAAGGGCAUUGAUGUCCUCCGCCUCUGUGCGUGGUUUGGCUUGAGAGAUAUAAUUCCCAAGUUGAGAGAGAAGGGGCAUAAUAUCCAAGUAAUUGAAAGUGCGCGUCAUCUCACUCCUCUCUAUUAUGCAUGCGCGCGGGAUCGCAUGGAUACCGUUCGUCUGCUCGCCUUAGGACCCCCGGCGAACAGGGAAAUUAUUGCCGUUUUAACUGGAAUACAAAGGACCGACUGGUCGUAUGAUGAGCUGGAUGAGCGGAUGACGAUUAUAAGUAUGCUGUUGAGGAAGCGAAAUCUUACCCUCAAUUCCAUCCUUAGGUCCCGAAAUGCAAAUGGGUAA